AUGGGGGGAUGUGUGAUUUCCGUCAUGGACUACAUGAACAAUCGCUCUGAGGUUGAGAAUGAGCAUGUGAAAAAAUUUCGUGCGCUUGGCAAGGUUGCUGUCCCUGUGCCCGGCAGCGAAACUUCUGAUUGCUCUCCCAUCUACCGUCUCGUAACUGACGACGGCAAAGAUAUUGAAGAGGUGCGGCGGGAGUGGUACGAGGGUGAGUGCCUUCCGCAGCGCUUCGCAGCCCUUUGCAAGCGUCAACCCAAGCAGCGUGCCCUUGCCUACCGCCCAGUGGAUCGGGUAGAAAAGGCUGUAAUUAAGGAUCUGCACACGGGAACAGAGAAGACAGUGAACGUAACACAUUUCAAGGAGACGAAAUACCUUGACUACGGCACCUUCUGGGACUACAUCGAGUCGUUUGGGCGAGGUCUCGUGGAGUUGGGUAUUUCACCAAACUCCCGAGUCGCCAUAUACGAGGAGACGCGGUGGGAGUGGUUGGCAACAAUUUACGGUAUCUGGUCGCAGAAUAUGGUUGCCACCACAGUGUACGCCAAUCUUGGCGAAGAUGCGCUCGCGUAUGCCCUCCGGGAAACAGGCUGCAAGGGGAUCAUUUGCAAUGCGAAGAAUGUGAGUGUUGUUAUUAAAUUCAUGAGUGAAGGCAUCACACCUUCCGCACCCAUCAUCUACAAUGGGAGCCUUCCUGCCUCUGUCGACCAGGAGGCCUGCCAUCUCGUAUCGUGGGAGGAAGUUGUGAAACUUGGUCGUGAGGCCCGUGACCGGCUUCCGUUGAACAACUCUGGAAGGGCAGAUGACCUUGCUCUCAUCAUGUAUACGAGUGGUACGACGGGGGACCCCAAAGGUGUCAUUCACACACAUGGCUCACUGAUGUCGGGAGUUCAUGCACUUGACCACAGGCUGAACGAGGUAAUGGGUUGCCAUGUUAAAGGGGAAACAUACUGCGCUUACCUGCCUCUUGCCCACAUUUUGGAGUUAGGAGUCGUUAACAUCUUCAUUGCCCGCGGUGCACUGAUAUGCUUUGGAAGCCCCUUUACACUGACUGACCUCACUGCAAGGCCCCGUGGUGACCUAGCAGAGUACAAUCCAUCACUUUUAAUUGGCGUACCGCGCAUAUACGAUACGCUGAAGAAGGCAAUUCAGGCGAAACUGCCGGCUCCUGGCACGUUCAAGCGUCGUGCUUUUGACCAUGCCUUCCAGAGCCGCUUGCGUGCCUUUAAGGAUGGCAAAGAUUCGCCGUACUGGGAUGCGAAGGUGUUUGCAGCUACCCGUGCCGUUUUGGGGAAGGGAAUACGAAUUGCUUUGUCCGGCGGAGGCCCUCUGAGUACAGCCACACAAGAUUUUGUUAAUGUGGUUCUGGCUCGCACGAUUCAAGGUUGGGGCCUCACGGAGACGGUGUGUGUCGGAGGUGUUCAGUUUACAGGCGAUAUUGAAACCGGUGCUGUUGGACCCCCGCUGCUAUCGGAGGAAGUGAAACUACUGGACGUGGAAGGAUACAAACACACCGAUGAGCCCGAUCCUCGUGGGGAAAUUCUUCUGCGUGGUCCAUUCCUCUUCAAAGGGUACUACAAGCAGGAAGAACUAACCAAGGAGGUGCUUGAUGAAGAUGGUUGGUUUCAUACGGGUGACGUUGGCAGCAUCGACCCCAAUGGAACCCUUCGCAUCAUUGGCCGCGUGAAGGCCUUGGCAAAGAAUGUUCUUGGAGAGUAUGUUGCCAUGGAAGCUUUGGAAUCCAUGUAUGCACACAACUCGCUGAGCAUGCCCAACGGUGUUUGUGUCCUCGUGCAUCCUGACAGACCGUACAUUUGUGCGCUUGUUCUUACUGAUGAAGCGAAGGUUGUUGCGUUCACGAGGGAGCAUGGAUUGAAAGGUAAAUACCCUGAAGUUCUGCAGGACCCCGAGUUUCAGAAGAAGGCUACAGCAUCAUUUCAGGAGACGGCUCGUGCAUCUGAUCGACAGAAGUUUGAGAUUGUACGUCACGUACGCCUACUGAGUGAUGAGUGGACUCCUGAAAAUGGUGCGCUGACGGCUGUGGGAAAACUGAAGCGACGCGUCAUCGAUGAGAGGUACACUGAUAUCAUAGCACCACUUUUCGUGGAGGAGUGCUGA